AUGCAAUUCAAGCUCUCCAUCAUCACCGCUCUCUUCGCCGUCUCGGCCAUCGCCAGCCCAGUUCCCUCUACCCAAACGAGUUGUGCCAGUGUCGCCGUCUCAGCACUAAACGGUCUAACAAGCCAAGUAACUGAUCUGAAUAGCGCUCUCGCUGGAAAAGAGGACCCAGUUGCUCUUGCCAACGCUAUCAUCGCCGGCUUCGCAAGUGACAUUUUGACUAUUCUUAUCACCGGACUUAGUCUACCAUGCGACAGCACUUUGACUCGCCAAAACCAAGAGGAUAUCUGUGACGCUGCCAGCUCGUUCAUUAAGGAGGAUAAGACUCUUGUCUCAACUCUAAGCAGCAAGCGCACUGUUCUCUCUGAUACAAUCUGGCUUAGCGCCGUCGAGGGCGCGAUUAGUGGACUUGCUUCGGCUACUAAUGGCUAUAUCAACCCUAUCAUUGACAGUGCUCCUGUCUGCGGUGGUACCCUUGAGUCGGAGUUGAACUCCCUCGUUGAUGCUAUUAACGAGGCUGUUGGUGCUUACUAG